CCCCAGCCCUGCCGCGCCGUCUACAUCUUCGCCAAGAAGAACGGCAUCCCCUUCGAGCUGCGCACCGUGGAGCUGCUCAAAGGCCAGCACCUCAGCGAUGCCUUUGCCCAGGUGAACCCCCUCAAGAAGGUGCCUGCCCUGCAGGAUGGCGACUUCACCUUGACAGAGAGUGUGGCCAUCCUACUCUACCUGACUCGCAAGUUCAAGGUCCCUGACCACUGGUACCCUCAGGAGCUGCAGGCUCGUGCCCGCGUGGAUGAGUACCUGGCCUGGCAGCACACGACCCUGCGGAAAAACUGCCUCCGGACCCUGUGGUAUAAGGUAAUGUUCCCUGUUUUCCUGGGCGAGCCCGUAUCACCCGAGACCCUGGCAGCCGCCCUGGCAGAGUUGGAUGCGACCCUGCAGAUAUUUGAAGACAAUUUCCUCCAGAACAAGGCCUUUCUCGCGGGGCCCCACAUUUCCCUGGCCGACCUGGUGGCCAUCACGGAGUUGAUGCACCCCGUGGGCGCUGGCUGCCAGAUCUUUGAAAGCCGACCCAAGCUGGCUGCGUGGAGCCAGCGCGUGGAGGCAGCAGUGGGGUCACUCCUCUUCCGGGAGGCCCAUGAGGUCAUCCUGAAGGCCAAUGACUUUCCACCUGCAGACCCUUCCGUAAAGCAGAAGCUGAUGCCUAGGGUGCUGGCCAUGAUCCAAAGAGCAGGGAAUCCCCCCCCCCCCUCCCCCCGCCAGGCAGAUCACAAAGCACCUUCAGGAGACCCCAGAGAGCAGGAGUGACUUGCCUGAGUCCAUUGCUCCCCAGGCCAGGUCCCUAGCCCCCCACCCCCACCCCAUUGCUACCUGAAAAGCGUUAGAGAAGAACAGCCCACUCGGUCCUUGUCUCCUUCCAUCACUAAUGUCCUUUGCAGUUUGGUAAAUAAACCUGGGCUUAGCCUGUGCCUCCACUUCUAA